AUGAGAGGUCAGGUCAUCUGCUCACAUCUGUUCACCACGCCUCCUCUAACGAGGAAGAGAAAGGCGGCCGAGGCGGCGAUUUCAGACAACGAGAGUGUAACGAGUACAGAAGCCGCCCCCACCAAGGCUUCCGUCGACGGUUCGCGAAGGAAGGACAACGCCACCAACAGGAAGAACACCGCCUCGAGCAAGCCUGCCCAUAAGAAAGAUAAGCCGACAUCUGAGAGUUAUUCUGUUUCGGUUAAGGAGUCCGAUCUUGCGACGCCAGCGACUACCAGCAUGUCUUCGGAUGAUGAUCUCAUGAGCGAUGCCUCGAGUGCCGACUUUUUGGAUACUCAAGAAAGCGAGGAUGAUAGCUUAGACGAUUUCGGCGAUGAUCUCGGCGACGGGUUUUCCCAGGAUAAAGACCUCAUCGGAAACACAAGGAAGCCCUACGAGGUGGAAUUUCAAGUACUGAGCCCGGAGGAUAUUGAACGGGAGCAGAACGCACAGGUGGUGGAGGUCGCCGCGAUUCUGGGCCUGCCGCCGGAAUCAUGCGCCAUCCUUUUGCGAUACGGGCGGUGGAACCGGGAAAAGUUGAUAGAGUCCUACAUGGAUCACCCAGAGAAAACACUGGAGGCAGCAGGUCUUGGGACGAAUUUCGAAGGCACGGCAAAGACUGAGGUGAUACCAGGGUUUAUGUGUGACAUCUGCUGUGAGGAUGGUGAUGAUCUUCAGACGUAUGCUAUGCGGUGUGGACACAGAUUUUGCGUAGACUGCUAUCGGCAUUAUCUUUCACAGAAGAUUCGGGAGGAAGGUGAAGCAGCACGGAUUCAAUGCCCAGGGGAAAAGUGUCAUCUUAUCGUGGAUUCCAAGUCUCUGGGCUUGCUUGUCACAGAUGCCCUCAAAGAUCGAUACCAAGUACUCCUGACAAGGACAUAUGUCGAUGACAAGGAUAAUCUGAAAUGGUGCCCGGCCCCCAAUUGCGAGUACGCGAUCGAUUGCCCUGUCAAGAAACGCGAUAUUGAUCGCAUAGUGCCCACGGUGCAGUGUGCAUGCAAACACUACUUCUGUUUUGGCUGUACUCUGAACGACCACCAGCCGGCACCGUGUACGCUGGUCAAGAUGUGGCUGAAGAAAUGUGAAGAUGACUCAGAGACCGCGAACUGGAUUUCGGCUCACACAAAGGAAUGCCCAAAGUGUCAGUCGACAAUUGAGAAGAACGGAGGAUGCAACCAUAUGACAUGUCGCAAAUGCAAGCAUGAAUUUUGUUGGAUGUGCAUGGGUCUCUGGUCUGAGCAUGGCACCAGCUGGUAUAACUGCAAUCGAUACGAAGAGAAAUCGGGCUCCGAAGCCCGCACCUCUCAAGCUAAAUCCCGGCAGUCGUUGGAGCGGUACCUGCAUUAUUACAACCGAUACGCCAAUCACGAACAAUCGGCGAAGCUAGACAAAGACCUGUACCUGAAGACCGAAAAGAAGAUGACGAGUCUCCAGUCCCAGUCUGGCCUGUCAUGGAUCGAGGUACAAUUCUUGGAUACGGCGUCACAGGCUCUCCAGCAAUGUCGACAAACCCUGAAGUGGACGUAUGCGUUUGCAUAUUACCUUGCCCGGAACAACCUGACGAUGAUCUUCGAGGAUAACCAAAAGGACCUGGAGAUGGCAGUGGAGAACCUGAGUGAAAUGUUCGAGAAGCCUGUACCGGAACUUGCCAAACACAAGGUCGACAUCCUCGACAAGACAGCUUACUGUAACAAGCGUCGGGUGAUUCUACUGAGCGAUACUGCAGAAAAUUUGAAACAAGGGGAAUGGUCUUUCAACGUGGAAUGGUAA